AUGGAGUUUAUUAAAGAGGAGAAUGAAGACAAGAAGAGUGAAGAAGCAUUCAGAGUCAAACAUGAAGACACUGAGGAACAAACAGACCUGAUGGCACUGAAAGAGGAGAGCGAAGUACUGAAUGCAAUGAAAGAUAAAGAUCAUGAUUUCAUAAAUGGAGAAAUAUCUUUUAGCUGUUCACAAACUGAAAAUACUUCCUCAAGAAAAAGGGCUCAAAAGACAGGAAGAAGAUGUUAUUUCACCUGCCAACAGUGUGGAAAGAGUUUCACUCAAUCUAGACAGCUUGGAGUCCACAUGAGAGUUCACACUGGAGAGAAGCCUUACGCCUGCCAACAGUGUGGAAAGCAUUUCAGUCAAAGAAUAAGUCUUAAUAGACAUGUUAGAAUUCACACUGGAGAGAAGCCAUACACAUGCCAACAGUGUGGAAGGAGUUUCACUCAGCUUGGAAACCUUGGAGUCCACAUGAGUGUUCACACUGGAGAGAGGCCUUACAAAUGCAAACAGUGUGGAAAAGGUUUCAACUGGAAAGGAACUCUUAAUUGCCACAUGAAAAUUCACACUGGAGAGAGUCUUUUUACCUGCCAACAGUGUGGAAUAAGUUUCACUCAAAAAGGAAGCCUUAACAGACACAAGAAAAUUCACACUGGAGAGAAGCCUUACACCUGCCAACAGUGUGGAAUAAGUUUCAUUGAAAAAGGAACCCUUAAAAGGCACAUGAGAGUUCACACUGGAGAGAAGCCUUACAUAUGUGAUCAGUGUGGAAAGAGUUUUGAUCAACAUGAAAAGCUUAAAGUCCACAUGAGAACUCAUAGAGGGAAACCCCACACAUGCCCUCAGUGUGGAAAGAGUUUCUCUCAAAAACGACACUUUGAAGACCACAUGAGAAUUCACUCUGGAGAGCAAACCUACACAUGCCCUCAGUGCGGAAAGAGGUUUAAUUAUAAACGACACUUUGAAGACCACAUAAGAACUCACACUGGAGAGAAGCCUUUCACCUGCCAACAAUGUGGAAAAUGUUUCAACCGAAAAGGAACCCUUAACAGGCACAUGAGAGUUCACACUGGAGAAAAGCCGUUUACAUGUGGUCACUGCGGAAAGAGUUUCAGAUAUAAAGCAGCACUUAAAUACCACAUGAGUUUGCACAUAUGAGCGAACUGUAUUUUUACGUUAUCAGUGUGAGAUGAGUCAUGUAAUAACACCAGAGAGAAGCCUUUGCUGUGCCAUCACUGUGGAAAGACUUGCAGAAACGAGACAAUCUUGAGGUUCACAGAAGCACCCCUGAUACAGUUCAAAAUAGCUGAGCAGUGUAUUAGGGUUUGUUUACACCUGGAUUUAAAAUGUGUUUUGGUUGAUCGGAUCACAAAUAGACUUCCUGUAUGUCUCUUUUGUCCACUUUCGAUCACUUCUGUCUCCAUUUUUUCAAAGGGAGGGUAAACGCAUG